AUGGUUCAAGAGAUAGGUCCAGAGAUAGGACCUAAGGAGUAUCUAGAGACAUAUUACGAAGACGAGGGAUCCGAUGAGGAGACUAAAGAGGUAGAGGGUGUCGGGGAAGUCCCUAGUGAAUCCCACCCUUUUGAGAUGAUACAAUAUCUGUACAUAGAACAGGAGGACUCCACAGACUGGACUCGCUCCAUGGAGGAGGGACUAGCCAUUCUCAGGAUCCAACUUUUUGCAGCAGAAGCAAGAGUUGUUCGGGCGGAGCAAGAGAGAGAGAGACGAAAUCACUCAGGAGAUGACUGA